GCUCUGCCCGCAGGUGGCACCUUUCCCGCCCACGCUCGGGCUGCCACCUGCGCAGCUACCUGCACGGGGGACACGCUCCCGCCUUGGCUCCCCAGGGGGAAGGGGGUGUGCCGCUUGCCCGGGGGCUGGGAGCCGAGCAGCGGCCCUGGCAGGAGGUGAGGCGAGCAGGGGUCCACCCCGCGCUGGGCUGGAAGCCGGGAGGAGGGGCCGCGCCUCCGCACCGCACCGCGGGAGCCCCAGGCACGGCGCCACCGCUGGACACCCGGCAGGCGGGCUGCUCUGAGCGCGGCCCUGCACUUCCUGCACCGCUCCCGGCUCGGCUCGGCUCGGCUCGGCUCGGCAUGGCGUGCUGCUGGGGCGAGUACCAGGUUUCUGUAGAUGAGAUUUCUGGACAAAGAGAAUGGAGACCUCUAAUUUAUAGAAAAUGCACAGAUGUACUCUGGUUGAUUUUAUUCUUUCUUUUUUGGGCUGGUUUGAUGUUUAUAACUGGCUAUGCUGUAACAGCUGGAGCUGCAGAAAGACUUGUAUUUGGGUAUGACAGCUAUGGGAAUAUAUGUGGUAGGAAGAACACUUAUAUUCAAGGUGCACCUCUUUCUGGACAGGAUAUGACAAAUAAAAAACAUGUGUUCUUUUUGAAUUCGUGCAGUCUGGAAAUUAAAAACUUGAAAAUCAAUUCAAUCGCCUUGUGUGUAUCUAGCUGUCCUCAAGAGCAACUUAACUCUCUGGAAGACAUCCAGCUUUUUGCAAAGAACAAUGGUUCUUCCCUUUGUAUUUAUAACAUCAACAUUUCUAGUUACACGCUAAAUCCAAAGGCGUCUGAGCUGUGUCCCACACUGCCAGUUCCACCCAGCAAAUCCUUCCCAUUGUUUAAUCGAUGCGUUCCACAAAACCCUGAGUGCUAUUCGCAGUUUGCAUCCAUCUUGAUAAAUGUGGUUAAUGAAGUUGAUGUUUUUCAUCGUAUUCUGAGUGGAAUAAUGGCAGGAAGAGAUACUGUAAUAGGACUGAGUGUCCUUGCACUAGCCUUCUCUUUAAUAAUGGUUUUAACCUUCAGAUUCAUCACCACACUUCUGGUCCAUAUUUUCAUUACACUAGUUGUGUUUGGACUGUUAUUUGUCUCAGGUGUUUUGUGGUGGCUCUACUAUGACUACACUAAUGACCCAAGCAUAGAACUGGAAACUGAAAAGGAAAAUGUAAAAUUUUUACUUGGAUUUGCUGUCAUAUCUACCAUCAUCACGAUGGUUCUACUUUCACUCAUAUUUGUACUAAGGAAGAGGAUUCAGCUGACUGUACAGAUCUUUUGGGUUGCUAAUAAAAUAAUUAGCAGGGUCCCUUCCCUACUGUUCCAGCCACUAUGGACCUUUUUGAUUCUCAUUUUCUUCUGGGUGUUCUGGGUUGCUGUGCUACUUAGCUUAGGAACUGCAGGUAGUGCACAAGUCAUUUCAGGAGGACAAGUAGAGUAUAAAAUUCUGUCUGGCAUUCGCUACAUGUGGUGGUACCAUUUAGUCGGCCUUAUCUGGACUAGUGAAUUCAUCUUGGCUUGUCAACAAAUGACUAUCGCUGGAGCAGUGGUUACUUGCUAUUUCAACCGAAAUAAGAGUAGCUUGCCACGACACCUGAUCCUGUCUUCAAUAUCAGUUCUUUUUUGCUAUCAUCAAGGAACAGUUGUAAAAGGGUCGUUUUUAAUCACAAUAGUGAGAAUUCCAAGAAUUAUUCUUAUGUACCUUUAUGAUGCACUAAAAGAAAAGGAGAGUGCAUGUGCAAGAUGCAUGUUCAAAUGCUGUUUCUGCUGCUUUUGGUGUCUAGAAAGGUGCCUAAGAUACUUUAACCAGCAUAUAUACACCACAACGGCCAUAAAUGGGACAAAUUUUUGUACCUCGGCAAAGGAUGCUCUCUUUAUUUUAGCAAAGAAUUCUGCUAAUAUAGCAUUCAUUAAUUGCUUUGGAGACUUCAUUAUUUUUCUAGGAAAGGUGUUUGUUGUAUGUUUCACAGUUUUUGGAGGGCUAAUGGCAUUUAACUACCAUCGUGAGUUCCACGUAUGGGUAGUUCCUCUGUUGCUAGUUGCACUUUUUGCCUGCUUGGUAGCCCACAGCUUUUUGUCGGUUUUCGAAGUGGUCAUGGAUGCCCUGUUCUUUUGUUUUGCUAUUGAUAUGGAAACAAAUGAUGGAUCUCCAGAGAAGCCAUACUUCAUGGAUCAAGAAUUACUGAAUUUUGUGAAUCACAGCACCAAGCUAACAGAGUGGGAGAAAAACAGAAAGCAAAAGACCCCCCGAAACAAUGAAGAUGGUACAGAACUACAGCCUAUGGUGAAACGGGAACAAAGACAAUGUGAUGAGGACAUCAAAUAACAUGUUGUCUCCCAGGUGUACUACAAGAAUGGGGAUAGACUGUAAAGAUUUAUUUUCUACUUUAUGAUUUCUUGCAGCAGCCAAAUUGUUGAGCCCCAGGGCUUUCAUCCUUUCACACUAAUCAUUGUUACUGGCACUGGAAGCUCAGGGUCAGAUUGUGGCCAUGAAUGGCCAGCAGUGAACUCUGUUGGUGUAAAGCAGGCACAGCUGGCUUUUGUGCCAACCACCCUUCCCAUCACAAGCAUAGAGAGGGAUGAAGAGGCGCAGAGAGAGCAUGUGGCGGGAUUCCUCAAAGCCACAUUGAUCCUCCAUUGGCAUAAAGGUUCAAAAGGCCUUAAGUGUAAAUUUCUGUAGUGCUAGGUUGUUCUAAUUCACACUGGGACUGGUAUAGCUAUCCUGCUUCCAUACACUGAGCAGUACUCAGAUGUGCUGGAGAAUCUGGCACAUGUUUUAAGCUGAUAUUGUUUGUUUGUGCUUUACACUAUUUAAAAAUUAUGAGGUGAAAGAAGGGAGAUGCCCUCUCAAGACGCAGUUUCAGACUUAAAGACUAAGAGUGUGUCUUCAAGCACAAUUAACUCAGGUUAUAAUUUAUGUUACUCCUAGACUCCCAUCCCUACUCAAAUCUCUAGCUUGAGUUAGGCCAUGUCUACACUACAUAGUUUUGUCAACACAAGGCAGCUUAUGUUGACCUAACUAGAGGUGUACACACUGCAAUGCUCCUCCCGCCACUUUAACUCUCACAUAGCAACUGCCCAGCAUGCUGGCUCCAUGCAGUACUCUGCCUUAAGUACCUGGGAGGUGGUCGAUCUCCUGGAUCUGUGGGGAGAGGCGGCUAUGCAGGUGCAGCUCUGCUCCAGCCUCAGAAACUUGCUCAGGGCAUGAUGGAGAAGGGCUAUGACAUACAGCAGUUCAAAGAGCUGCGGCAGGCAUAGCAGAAGGCAAGGGAGGCAAAUAGUCAUCUCUGGUGCGGAGCCGCAGACAUGCCGCUUCUACAAGGAGGAGGCUGGGGUCAGAGUGUUGGUGAAUAGCUCCCCCACUUGAGCUCCUCUUAUAGCCUUGUGUUUAUAAUGCCAGCACAAUACUGAAGAGCAGUACAGGAUCCAUGCGUUCUGCCACACAUGGCUGGCUCACAGGUGACCAAGGCUGUUGAAAAGCAGCUGGAAACCUAGUAGGAUGCCCAUGGAAUGAUGGGAUUGAGAAACCUGCAUCAUGUGACAUUGAACCUGCCCCCAUGAUGCAUUGCAAACCCUUUCCAAAACACCCUGCGGCCAGUUGCACAGUGGGAUAGCUACCCACAGUGCACUGCUCUUUGUGUCAAUACAAGAGCUGCAACUGUGGAUAUACUCCGCCCACACAAGGAGCAUAGUGUGGACAUGCAACAGCUGUUUAAUUACAGUGACUUAACUUUGUAGUGGAGACAGCCUUAAAUGGUGUUUUAUGCUCGAACCUGUUUGGGUGAGGGAGGGAUGCGAUAGUUUGAGAUUCAAGUGAUGCUGAAGCUCAAGCUCCUAAUGCUGUGGGGAUGUAACAGCUUGAGUUACAAGUCAUUAGCAGCUAAUCCAAUCACUCUAUUAACCCAAUUACUCUGUACUGCUAAUCAAAUCACUCUCUGUGUAAGUCCAUAGUUUUUUUUUGUAGUGUGGUUGCUCUCGCUUGAGGUAGGCUAGCUCAGAUGCAGUUUUUUGAGUGUACAAACUCGAGUUAUAUUGCUGUGAAGACAAGCUCUCAGAGAAAAAGGUUGCCAGUUGACUUUAAUGGAGCUAUGACAAUUUACAUCAGCUGUGACAAUUUACAUCAUCAUGCAUCACUACUUGCAUCUGACGAAGUGGGUAUUCACCCACGAAAGCUCAUACUCCAAAACGUCUGUUAUAAGGUGCCACAGGAUUCUUUGCUGCUUUUGCAUCAGCUGAGAAUCUGACUGUGUGUUUAGAACUCAGCAUGAUUGUCACCCAGGCACAAAAUAUAAUUCUCAGUAAAGCCCAGGGUUGGGCAGCCAUUCCAUGUCCUGCUAAAUUGUGUCAUACACAAAAAUGAAGUCGGUAUUGUUGCCCCUUUUUGACCCAAGUGGCUAGUCAAAGUUUGGGGGCUGGUAAGUGUUCAGAUGGGAGUACAAAUUGGUGAAAGUCAAGUGUUUCUUUGAUUAAGUUUUGGUUAUUUACAACGAACGUACAAAGUUCUGUCUUUCUGAACACAUAGGCAAUCAAAUAGCAGGAAACAGCUUCUUUUGCUAACAGGACCAAGAGCAGUCUUCAGUCUGCACCUGACCCAAAAACCUCUCCCCAUGUGUCUUCCAGGGUGAGCCACCCACUUUCAUCUGCUUCUUCAGCCUGUCAGUGUCACUCACUCAGGCUGUGGCUACCCUAGAGAGCUUACAGCGGCAGAGCUGUACGCAUGCAGCUGCUCUGUUGUAAGAUCUCUAGUGGAGCCACUCUAAGCGAACAGGAGAGCUCUCCCGCCAACUUAAUUAAUCCACCCCAACAAGUGUCAGCGGCUAUGUGGGCAGAAGCUCUCCUCCUGACAUAGUGCACACCAGGCUUAGGUUAGUGUAACUUAUGGCGCUCAGUGGGUGGCUUAUUCACAUUCCUGAUUAACAUAAGUGAUAGUGUAGACAUAACCUCAGUCCAUUCUCAGUUUCUGUGUGUUCUGUCUGCCUCUGCCUCUGACUUACCCAUGAUCACAAUACCGAGGCAAACCUUCUAUCCACCUGACACCAGUGUCUGGGCAGACUUUAUUAGGCUUUGUUUUAGGUGUGGCCUUUUAACUGUUUCUUACAGCUGGCUUAAAUGGGAGACUCAUUCAGACACCAGUUUGAAGACGUUUUAACUCAUCCCAUAACAAGGUUUUAUCCAGCUCAUAACAAUAUAUUUUGGUGACUAUUUCUUGAUUUAUUUUUCAAGAGGUUGCAGACUGAGGGUGUGUCUAUGCUACAAGUGCUGCAGUGGUACAACUGCAGUAGCAUUGUAGUGUAACACUGCAGCGAUGAAAAGGGGUUUUCUGUCACUGUAGUAAAUCCACCCCCUCUCAAGAGAUGGUACCUAGGUUGAUGGAAGAAUUCAUGCUUUGACCUGUCUACAUCUACAGUGAGGGUUAGGUCAACUUAACUGCACACAGCGUGGAAUUUUUUUCCCAGCUCUGAGCAAUGUAGCUAGGUUGAUCUAAGUUUUAGGUGUAGACCAGGCCUGAGGCACUUACACUUUUUUCAUAGCAUUAUUGUAUAGAGAAAUAACCUAAGCUCUUAAGUUAGAAUUCAUGGUUUUAAGUUUAUUAUUCUGAUUAUGAAUGGCUGUGCUUGGUGUCUUCGUUACUUGUACUUUUGGUGAAUUUAGUAAAAAAAUUAUUGAAAAGCACAAAAAGAAUACAAAAUAGUUCUUUGUACCCUUACUUUCCCCCACCAAAGAAAAUCCUGGAUACACAGAUACAAGAGUGCACAAUCCCCCUUUAUUUUCUUGGAAGAUCACAUUUUACAAAUAUUUUGAUAAAAAUGUCAGGGCCAGUGCUACGUAUUUGACUCCCCUUCUUUCCCUCCCCCUCGAUUGUAGACUUGAACUUGAGAUUGACCUUGAAAGCAUGCAGGCUAAACAGUAAUAGAAAUUCAGACAAAACAAAGUGAAGGUUACAGAUAUGUUGCAACAAAGUAAUUUUUAGAUGUGUAAACCCUGGUUUGUACCUCUUGCACUGAAGAAAAAAUUAGAUUUAAUUAUUGUUUAAUUUUUUAUGUACAAUAAUGGAUUUUUCCAGCAUAUCUGAUUUUAUUAAAAAAUGUGUAAGUAUUUAUGAGGUUUUAUAAAAGUUGAAUUAAUAAACAAAUCUCCUGUAAGAUUUGUGGUGCUGCUUGAAAUCAGUAAGUUGACUAAGUCCAAGAGCUAUCCUUUUGGUAUCGGACCCGCUUGAUAAGUCAGCUGACGUGACCCAGCCGUAAUUCUGUAU